AUGGAGUUGUAUGUUUUGCACCUUGUAUCUAAAGGUCAUGCCUCGUUCUGGUGGCAUGGCCAUUUUUCGAGGAUGCGUAGAGGAAUUGCUGUUAAGUCCGUAAGCGGCCAGACAACCGUUGGGAUAGAUCCACAGGUGUUAUGCGUGAUUGUUUCUUUCACAGAGCAAGGCCCAGUUCCUGGAGACUCUGAGAGCAAGUCAGGCUUACCAAAUCCUAACGCGUCGCCCUUCAAAAGUUUCAGUGAAAUAAAAGCAGGUUUAUCCAACACUGGAGGAAAGAGUUUCAAUACUUUCAGUGAAGAUAUGAGAUCAGGCCUGACUCCUAAUGCUCCUCCUACCGUCAAAAAUCCCAUGAGAUCACGCUUUCCAAACACCAACCUACCUGAUCAGUUGAAUUUACCAAGCACAGCAGGAAGCGGUUCCUCUGCUCCGAGCUACCAAAGCUUCACUCAGUCAUCGAAAGACCUGGACUUUGUAGAAGAGGAUGAAGGACGGGGAGCCUCGUGGCUAUUCUCUCAUUUCCAUCGACCGAACCUUGAGACUAACGCCGACAUCAUCCACAUCAAGCUGCUGCGGAACAACACUUUUGUCACCGUUACAGAUUCCAAAGGCAACGUCAAAUGCAAAGCUACGUCUGGUAGUUUGCCUGAUCUGAAAGGUGGACGGAAGAUGACGAGUUACACGGCUGAUGCGACCGCUGAGAACAUUGGGAGAAGAGUUAAGGCUAUGGGUUUGAAAUCUGUGGUGGUUAAGGCGAAUGGGUUUACGCAUUUCAAGAAGAAGAGAAAUGCCAUUGUUGCCUUCAGAAGCGGUUACUCCAGUUCCAGGAAUGAUCAGAAUCCUAUAGUGUACAUCGAGGACACUACUAGGAAGGCUCAUAAUGGUUGCAGAUUGCCAAGGAAACGUAGGGUGUGAUAAAAAGAAAAGAAAUCGUGUUUGCAGAUUUUCUUUUGUUAUUCUAUAGAAACCGAGUUGUCUCUUUGUUUGGUUAUGUUUACUUCAAGACCUGAUGAAAUUAUUGGACCAAAGGGAUUGUUUUAAAA